CGGUGACGCACGCGGGAGGCGCGCGCCGUCUAAGGCGGUGCGCAGGCGCGGGCAGGGAUGCGGUAGCGGCGGUUGGAGCGGCCGUGAGCCCCGGGCGGCGACCAUGACCCAGCAGGGCGCGGCGCUGCAGAACUACAACAACGAGCUGGUCAAGUGUAUCGAGGAGCUGUGUCAGAAGCGGGAAGAGUUGUGCCGGCAGAUCCAGCAGGAGGAGGAUGAGAAACAGCGGCUGCAGAAUGAGGUGAGGCAGCUGACGGAGAAGCUGGCCCGGGUCAAUGAGAACCUGGCUCGCAAGAUCGCCUCUCGGAACGAGUUCGAUCGGACCAUCGCGGAGACGGAGGCAGCCUACCUCAAGAUCCUGGAGAGCUCGCAGACUCUGCUUAGUGUCCUGAAGAGGGAAGCGGGGAACCUGACCAAGGCCACGGCCUCGGAGCAGAAGAGCAGCGGAGGCAAGGACAGCUGAGGAGGCCGCGGGGGGAGGGCCUGCCUCUGCUGCGCCCACCCGUGGCUCAGCCCCCGGCAAGUCUGUCUUCAAAGCAUCCUCGUUCUUCACGGCAGCAGCUUCCUCCUCGCGUCUUGGGUGCCGGGAGAGGCAGCUGCCAACCUCCACUGGCUCUGGGUGACAGGAAAGCCCAGACCCUGUGCUCACAUAGGCUCUGGAGAGGGCAGCUCUUCUCAGGGCCUUGCUGAGGCCCUCACACCACCCCCAGGGCUUCAAGGAAGGCUCCGCUUCUAGUCUCAGCACCUUGGGAGUCCCGUCACCCCUCCCUCGGCCUGCCGGUGCCCAGGCUCGUCGGGGAGGGGCCGGGGCCCUCCUCCACCUCCGAGCUUGCUCCGGGAGCCCGUGAUUGUCAGUAAAGGUUGUCUCUAACCGUC